CCGGCUGCAAGACGACGCUUUCCUCGUGUAUUCCUUCCUACGGGUCUGAAGACUUUGUUGAUGGGGACUGUACGAGUUUCAAGCAGACAAAUUGAUUGUAAAGCUGUGGAUGGUGAAGUUCGAUGCAAAAGUUGCAAGGAGCAACUGGUUGCAGCUCUCAGUACAGUGGAAGUUAGCUGUGAAAUAGAUGACAUUUUGAGUAAACUUGGCCAUAGCUGCACACCUUCUAGAUGCUUUGUUUGUACUGAGCAAGAUCUAACUGUCAAAUGCUUAGUUUUACCUCAAACAUCUACAGUUUGGCCAUUUUCUGGAUUAAACUGCAUUUGGAGUGAGGCCGAAGGGUUGACCUAUGUGCCACUGGUUUGCUCUAAUUGUAGUACUCACUGCUCGCCUGAGUCUCCUCCUCUUGUAGGAUUCAAAGUUGUUCCUUGUAAUCGACCGUCACUGAUGAAGAGAUUGACUGAGGUUUAUCUUUUACAAUCAGCUGUCGAUUAUACUCAAUAAAUGAAGCAGAAGACUAAGUGAAUUAUCAAAUAGAGUUGCACUAAAGAUGACUAUUUGAUGAGAC